AUGACAUCCGUCGUCUUCGAUCGGCUUUUAAAUCGAGAACUUGGCUAUUCCACUGGCAGCAAGAACCGAUACUCUCACGUUCGAGGUCUCUAUGGCGAUCAGAAAUGGGUUCAUGACCUGGACAUUGUCAAUGAGCUCGACGGACAUCAAGGAUGCGUCAAUGCUUUGAGUUGGUCACGCUCUGGUAGACUCCUUGCCUCUGGCUCAGACGAUCAGCAUGUCAACAUACAUACUUAUCUCCCUGACUCCUCCACUUCCCAGUUCCAAUUCACAACAACCAUUGCUACAGGCCAUCAUGCCAACAUAUUUUCUGUCAAGUUCAUGCCUCACUCAAAUGACAGAACAAUCGUGAGCGCUGCUGGGGAUUCCGAAAUACGUGUGUUCGAUAUCGAGUAUUCAGGCCAAACUACCUCUUCGGAUUCUGCGUCAAACUUCCGCUCCCGAGCCGGCGCAAACAACAUUUAUAAUGGAGUAAGAUACCUCAGCGAAGGAGACAGCAAUGCAAAAGUCUUCCGGUCCCACGGCGACCGUGUCAAGAGGAUAGUAACCGAGUCUUCGCCUUUCUUCUUUUUGACCUGCUCCGAGGAUGGCGAGGUCCGACAGUGGGACGUUCGCCAGCCAUCUUCAGCAUAUCCUGCACCCUCCCGAAGAUCCUCCCUGUCCAGCCGAAAUGCCCCUCCGCCUUUGAUCUCGUACAAGAAGUAUGGCUUAGAUCUCAAUACCAUAUCCUGUUCUCCUAGUCAGCCUCAUUACAUUGCACUUGGAGGUGCUCAUCUGCACUGCUUUCUUCAUGAUCGCCGCAUGCUGGGACGGGACAGGGCUGCAGAACGUGGUGACUUGUUGCGGAAUGACUUGACUUCGCAACACGAGGAAGAUGCCCUUUCUGAAGCCACUCGAUGUGUCAAGAAGUUUGCGCCCCAUGGCAAGCGUACCAUGAGAAGGAGUGAUAGUGGCCAUAUUACAGCAUGCAAGAUAAGUGACUCUAACCCCAACGAACUCAUCGUGAGCUGGUCCGGAGACCACAUCUACAACUUUGACAUCAAUCGGACGCCGGACGCCAGUGAAGCCAUCCAGUACACGACUGUCGAGAAAGGAAAUAGCAAUCGCGCAAAGACUUAUAAUGAUCGCAAGCGUAAACGGACUGGACUGUCACAAUCUGCAAUAUCCAAUGAAGGGGCUGCAAGGGCUGAUUCCAGACCGCGUACUGACAGCGCAGAACCCGCAGAGCAAGAAAUGUCACUCAUGGUACAGUACGAGAAUGGUCAAAGCGAAGAGAUACCUAUAGAGUCUCGGAGACCUCAGAUUGCGUCCGGCGAGGCUUCAUUAGGCGAAUCAGAGAAACUAAGCUAUCGAAUCUCAAAGUCUACCAUAGAUUUGCGGAAGCAGAUGUUCACGCUUGGUCAACCGAAAUCCUCAUCGGCUGUCGAUGUGACUGGUCACGCCGCAGAGUUUACUUCUAUCAUAGGCCUGAGCGCCUCCAUAUUACCAGAGAUGGACGAUAUCAUGAAAUCGUGGCGGUAUCCUGUUGAUCCAUCCGAGCUGGAGGUUGUUUUCCAGAAUCGACUCCGAGAUGACCGUGGCUCUGCCCGUCGUUUCGUGCAAGCUGCCGGAAUCACUGCGCGUAUCCUCGGGGGAAGACUCAGAAUGGGAGGCGCUAGCGAUGCAAUGAUUGACCAGUACUUUACUACUAUCACCCCUGUCCCCAACGAACGAACUAUACCUAGACACCAACAAUUCGGAUUCGAUUUCAUGAAAGCUAUAUAUCUCUGGCUGGACAGCGGCAUUGGCGCUCUUGCAGAAGGAUUCUGUGCGAACAAGGGCAGGCGAGGCAGUACCCGAUUUCCCAUACCAGAUGACGAAGCUGCAGAAGAGGCUAUUCACGAGAUUCUAAUCCCGUAUCUCCUAGAUCUUGCGAGCGACAACUCGGUCUUGGAUGUUGAUGCGUCUCGCUUUGAGGUGGACGAGAACAGAAUUACAUUUACAACGGAGAAGGCUGCUGUCAUGGCAUUUGCGCGAGCUAUUCGAAUACCCUUCGCAGAUCUUUCGAGCAGUGCUGAUGGGCCUGCUUCCGUCCAAGAUCGUAGGACUGCGCUCAGAUUCUGGGCUUUCAAGGUCGGAAGGGGGUUAUUGAUGAACGCUGCGCAAGGCAUCAAUUUCGAACUUGUCGAUCGAGCAUUUGGAGGUAUGGGUCGUGGAGAAGCCGGAAUCAUUGCUGCCGAAGCUGCAUUUGCGGAACGUUUCAAGCGCCGCGAGGGCGAAGAGGAGGAGGAGGAUCCACGGGUGCACCAAGCGACCCUAAGAACUAGAGACCGUCCACGAACAGAGGCGGAUUCAACAUCUGACGCAGCGCCAUUAGGAGUCGACCUCUCAGACUCAGUCCAAGAUGACCAAAGCGAAGACGAAGAUGAACAAAACAGCGCCGUGGGACAUUCAGAAGACGACGAAUCAAUGAGCGGUAACGAUGCCGCAUCAUCUAGUGAAGAUGAAGAGGAGGAAGAUGAUGAUGACGAUGAUGAUGUUGAUGAGCAGGACGAGCUUGCCAAUAGAAUAUUUUGGCGCUCCAAUUUCUCGAGACGGGUUCGCAAGGAGAAAGUCGAGGCUUCGGUGCCGUGUGGCACUCAUACGCGCAUAUACAAAGGGCACUGCAACGUCAAAACUGUCAAGGACGUCAAUUUUUAUGGCUUAGAAGACGAAUACGUCGUCAGUGGGAGCGACUCAGGCCACUUGUUCAUAUGGGAUCGGAAGACAAGCAAAUUGCUGAACAUAUUGGAAGGAGACGGAGAAGUCGUAAACGUGGUUCAGGGUCAUCCAUACGAACCGAUGAUUGCGGUGUCAGGUAUCGAUCACACGAUAAAGAUAUUCUCGCCUGACGCGCGCUCGCGCUCCGAUGCUCGCAAUGGCAUAGGUGUCAAAGCAGCCGAUUCUUCGGAUUUUUCAUCGAUUAAUUUCAGUCGACGACGCCGUCGGGAUGGUCGAGCAAGGGCAUCAUCAAGCCAAAGGCAAGACGACGAUGCGGCUGAGGAGGAAGGCGAUAUCGACUCUGACGACGAAUCACGUAUAGCUCACGGAGGCCUUCCCAGCAGGAAAAGAAUCCAAGACGAGUACCAAAUCACGAGUGAGAAUGACAGGGCACGAGAUGGAGGCGGAGGGUCAGAUGCAUUCCUUACUCAGAGCAUGCUCUUACAGAUUGCAAGGCAUUUGAGACAACAGCAGGCAGAAGGAAACACCAAUGUCGACUUACCCAUGAUGCUUGCCGGAGGGGACGGGGAGGACUGUCACGUGAGCCAUCCUCCAUCAAUCAUUCCACUUACUCAAUUCUAA